AUGGUACCCACGUGUGAUGCUACAUCAGACAUUGCAGCCAGGACUCUCUUUGAUCGUUGGGUGUGCACAUUCGGAGUGCCUCAGUCACUCUCAUCGGCCUGGGGGCCUCAUUUUACGUCUGAGAUGUUCCGAGCAGUAUGUAGGAUGACGGGCAUUCAUCAGAAACUUGGAAUGCUCUAUCAUCCACGCAGCCAAGCCCAGAUGGAGAGACAAAAUCAGUUUAUGGACAACCUGCAGUGUCUAUGUGAUAACAACUUCAAUUUGUGGCCGGAGAUGGUGCCCCAUCUGCAAUUUAGUCACAAUUCAUCAAGGAAUGCAACAACAGGGUAUGAUCAGCACGAACUGGAGUAUGGUGUUCCUGCAAGAUGUCCGGAACAGUUGGUGUCGGAAAAGACAUCACGUGAUGACCCUAACUUCCGUCCAGCAGACCUGAGUAAUGCGGAGGUAGGUGGUCAUUUGGUACGGGAGAAGUUGGGAAGGAUCGCGAAAGCACUAUGUUUGGCAAAAGGGAGAGUAGCAGUGGCGCAGGGGAGGAGGUAUAAGAAAUAUUGCAAUCGAGAAGGAGCAUUCCGUGUGGGCAACUUGGUGCAGCUUAAAUUAUCACCAGCUGAACGGCACAAGAAAGGGGGUAAGAAGAUGGCCCCCUAUCAGCCACACCGCUACUGCGUCAUCACGGUGCUGAGAGGAGGAUGGUCUUACCAACGUCCCUGA